AUGCGUCUCAUACACACCAAAACCUUCCAGCUAGAGGAAUUCUACGGCCAGCCUCCCGAAUAUGCCAUUUUAUCACACACAUGGGGUCCCGACGAGGCCACGUACCAAGACUGGCAGGGCAACCUCGAGCUCAUGAAGCUCAAGAAGGGACACCAGAAGAUUCGCCGCGUCUGCGAGCAGGCGAGAAAGGAUGGCCUCAUGUAUCUCUGGUGCGACACCAACUGUAUCGACAAGAGCAGCAGUUCAGAGGUCUCUGAGGCCCUGAAUGCCAUGUUUUCCUGGUACAAGAAUGCGUCGGUUUGUUAUGUUUACCUGAGUGAUGUGGCGCCCAUUGAUACGGGCGCUUUUGACCCAAUGGUGCAGUUUAGACAGUCGAGGUGGUUUACUAGAGGGUGGACGCUGCCUGAGCUUUUGGCUCCUACGUCGGUGGUGUUUUUUGCGAAUGAUUGGACGACGAUUGGGACGAGAAAGACGCUUGCCAAUACGAUUUCCUUUGUUACCAAGAUUGAUCAGCAAUAUCUCGACUGUACCUUUUACAAAGCCAGUAUUGGUGAGCGCAUGUCUUGGUUAUCCAAACGAGAGACUGAAAGAGUCGAGGAUAUCGCUUACUGCAUGCUGGGUAUCUUUGACAUCAACAUGCAAAUCAUCUAUGGCGAAGGAAUGCGUGCGUUCAUCCGACUACAAGAAGAGAUUAUUCGUGUCUCGAAUGACCAAACACUCUUCUGUUGGGCCUGGGACGAGCGAUACGUUCCUCACGACUGGGCUAGUAUCCUCUCCCCAUCACCAAAGACCUUUGUCGACUCAAGCAUCUACACCGAAUGGCCCGUCCACGAAGCAAAAACAUAUACCAUGACGAAUGCCGGUCUAUCAAUCAGACUACCUAUCAUGAACACCAUCACCGAAUCAGUCGAGCAAUGGCUCGUUCUUCUCAACGCCAGACGAGACUCAGAGAACCAACAAGUCGCACUGCUUCUAAAUCGCUUACCUGGAAAGGACCGCUGCACUCGCAACAGAACACCGCCCUGUCCAGUACCAGUACUCACAGGAUCUACCAAACUCCGAGAAGAAAACAUGUUCAUUGCUGGGAGUCGAGAGCGUGCCUCAUACCAGCCUGACUUCCACGGCUACGGCAGCUACGAAGUCCUCGUCACUCUCGACAGCGGCACCAUUCCCUACGACAGUAUAACAUCCUGCCCCCGCCUCGAAUCCGGUACCAUCAGCCUCCAAUCUUGGGAUCAAGCAGGCCACUACGGCCGCGUCCUCGCCAUCCAAGGCAUGCAGAGCAUAAAAAAGAACGAGAAGCGCGCAUCCGUCUUCAUCGCUACCUUAGUAUUCGGCAUAGAAGUCAUCGGUUCCAAAAUCGAAUGGUUCUGCAAAAUCCGCGGCAUACAAGAAUCCUCCUCCGCGUUUAGCAACAGUACCCUCGAAGAAGCAGUGUACGAAGAGGAGCAGGAUAUCCGGUCUCAACUUGCGAGGACAGGACACUGGCGGGCUAUUUUUGACCAGGAGAAGGAUACGACGUCUGAUACGGUGCGAAAACAUGAGAUUGAUUUGUUGACCUCGGUGUCGUUGAGUUCCGGGGUGAGGAUAUCGGCGUCGUCGAUGAUGGCGGUUGCGCAUUUGCAGUUGGCGCAUAUUGUCAAGCCGGCUGAGGUGGCGCCGUGGGAUGAUGGGCAUAAGUUUAGGACUGCGGAUGGAGCGAAGGAUCUGUCGAGAUGGUUGAGUGCUUUGGAAUGA